GUAAAAACCUGCCCUAUACCACCAACACCUGUUGCGGGACCUGGUUGCAAUAUCAUCACAACAUGGAACGAACAAACAGGCUGCCCCACUUCAGAAUGUAAAACGUGCCCUAACAACUCUAUGUUCACAACAUGUGCAAACCUCUGUCCACCAAAGACCUGCGGUAAUCACAAGCAAUUCUUCCCUUGCUUCUCCCUCCGUUGUGGAGGAGUUCGAUGUCAGUGUAAUUACAAUUACGUUCAACUUACCAACAACAUAGAACAGGGUUGCGUUAAAAUUGAGGAAUGCCCGUGA